UGCCAAUAAUUAAUAAUUAUGUCUGAAAACUCAUUCAAUCAAUCAAUUCUUUCUUUUCUUCUGUCCCCUAAUCUCUACUCUAUAUUCCUGACCCUCUGACUUUAUUCUCAAAAGAUUCUUCAAACUUUCGAAUCCACCAUUUCUGAGUUCGUUUCUGGGUUCUCUCUCCCAUUUGUUUCCAAAAUUUUCCACGUUCCUCCACCAUCUCUCUGCUCGUCUCAGCCAAUUCUUCUUUCGGUCCUUACAGCGUUGGACCAACCGUGCUUCUCGUUUGCCGAAUGGAUUUCGAGCGGUGGCGAUGGCGGUGGUUUUUGGUGUUGAUCCGUGUUGUUGCUACUAGUGCUUUAGAACCCAAGCAGGAGGUUGUUUCUCGAAUUGCCUUCGGAUCAUGCUCCAAUCAAAGCGCUCCUCAGCCAAUUUGGGAUGCAAUAAUUGAUUUCCAUCCCCAGAUUUUUAUAUGGAUGGGUGACAACAUAUAUGGAGACUUGAAGCGGCCUUUUAAAAUCUUUGGACCAGAAAGGACAAUUGGGCCAUGGAAGAACGUUCCACGGUUUGUCCCUUCCUCUCAGCAAGAAAUGGAGGCUAAAUACAGGGAAGCCAAGACCAGUCCUGGCUAUUCUCAACUUCGAGAAAAAGCUGAGGUUAUUGGUACUUGGGAUGAUCAUGAUUAUGGAUUAAAUGAUGCAGGAAAAGAAUUUUCUGAAAAAAUCACCAAUCAAAAGCUGCUUCUUGACUUCUUAGAUGAGCCUCAAGAUAGCCCAAGGCGAAAGCAGGCUGGUGUAUAUGCAUCGCAUACAUAUGGUCCCCUGGGUAGAGACAUCAAGAUUAUCCUCUUGGAUACCAGAUACCACAGAGAUCCUAUAGGAAGUGAUGGAACCAUCUUGGGGAGUUCACAGUGGCUAUGGUUGGAGCAAGAGCUAAAGGGUCCAGCUACAGCCGUUACCUUAAUUGUAUCUUCUAUUCAGGUGAUAUCAAAUCUUUCAGCAGCCACUCACCCGCUGUUUGCUAUGGAAUCUUGGGGUCGUUUUCCUAAGGAAAGAGAUCGGCUUUUCAAAUUAAUAGCAGACAGUGAGAGGAAUGGAGUAAUCUUUAUAAGUGGAGACGUUCACUUUGGGGAAAUCACAAGAUAUGACUGUGCACUGGACUAUCCACUGUAUGAUAUAACCUCCAGUGGGUUAACUCAAUCAAUUGAGGAAGUAGUCCCACGUUCCUUGCUUUUUUUAGUGAGAUUCAUUGCAUGGUUAACCCCAUCUACAAUGAGAGUUAAGGGUCAGAACUGCAGAUACAAAUCUUGCAUAUAUGGCAAGCCUAAUUUUGGAACUAUCGAGAUAAAUUGGGAUUCUCACCCAGUGACGAUGAUAUUCAAAGUCAGGGAUGUAGAUGGAGUUGCUGUGACAGAUGUAAAUGUUUCGUUAUUGGAAUUACAGAAAUCAAAGGUUGAGGCUGGGAACAAAGAAAAAGCUAGACAUUAUGAGAGGCAUUGCUCUCUUGAAUCUAGUCUGCCAUGGAUCAUAAGAUAUCGUCUGGCUAUCCUUUUCUUUUCCAUCUUAGCUGUGUUGGUUCUUGUGCUCCUUGGGCUCGUUUAUGCUAUCAUUAAACUUGUCAGCUGUGGAGUCUCCAAACACAAGAAUGAUUGAGAUUUGUGGUUACUCUCCCCUCACACUCUUUUUUCUGAGUAAAAAUAGAACUGUCCUCGUGCAUUGCAAAGUAAUGCGAGAUGAGUUGCAUUGUUUAUAACUUAUGAAUAGCACGGCUUGUUAUAAAUUUUAUAUAGUAUAUGAUAUAGUGUUGAUUAUCACAAAUAUAUAA